GAUGCAGUUACUGUGUGCCAUAUGUGGCAAAUGGCAAAGCCAUUUCUGUGCUUUUAAUAACCUUUUUCCCCCUCGCACAUGAAACCCCAUGGACAAAUUUGGCCUCUUUCAUUUCCCAUCCCGUGACGACUAUUUGGAGAACCAAGAAAAUGUGUUGAGGAAUUUUCAAGGGAAACUUCAAAACGGCAAAUGUUUCCGAAAAACCUUCGAUGCGUGUGAAAUAACCUCAAAGGUCAGUGAAUUAACAGAGAUGCCACUUGAGCUUGCACCUGCUCAAAAGACCAACAACAGGAAGGUUGACAGCACGCCUCCAAACCAGAAAGUCAAAGACACCAACAAAGUGGCAAGCAAACAAAAGGCUAAGACAAAAAGAGAUGGCGUCAGAUGGACACAGAGACUCAAAGGUUCAACGUUACCAGUGAAGACUGUUGGGAGCGGAGGAGAGUUUUGCACCGAACCUGAAACGCCAAUCAGGGACCACGAGUGCAAAGCUACCGAAUCACCCAUGAAGGUCACGAGGACCAGGAUAGGUUCUGGCCUAAAACAAAGGACUGUCACAUGUCCGCAAAGACUCAAAGCCAAAACGUCACCUGUGAAGUUAGUUAAAGGAACGAGGAAAAAAAACGCCAUCCAAUCGGAGACUCGCACAAGGAAGCGCACGGUCAGAAUUGCCCAAAUGCCACCAAAAGGGAGCAAACUCAAAUCGGGCUCAAAGCAAAUGACCGCAACUGAGCCAGUCAAAGCUGGACCAGCUAUAGAAAUGACGGGCACAUUACAAGAACCCCGGCCAUCCCAGACAAAGCGGAAGGCUGAUACAAGGCAAGAUGCCACUGGAAAGAGGCAGCGGCUUGAAAAGGGCGCCAGCGGACAACCUGGCGCAAACGUCAAAAGGGACUCGGCCAAGGCCACCAAAGUGAAAGACAAGGCGAACCCGGAGGCCUUCAUAAGGAAGCAGAAGAUGAAAGAUCAAGUUUCAGUCGAGACUGUGCAGGAGAGAGGCAACAACAAACAAUGUGCGGCCACCAAACCAGAGAGUUUAAUAGGCCAGUGCGAGAAAACAGUGCCGCCUAGAGGAGGUCUGGAAGACAAAUCAUCAGCUUUUGUGAAACCAAAGACUUCUUUAUUAGACCAAGUGAAAACCAUUCUCUUAAGUGCAACAAGCAGAGCCACCUUUGAGACCAAAUAUGAGAAGUUUGCCAAGAUCGGCGAAGGAGGCUUCGGUUCAGUCUAUGCUGGUCACAGGAAAACCGAUUCUAAUCCAGUGGCGAUCAAAUACAUCCCCAAGACAAAAGUCAGAAAUGUCCCGUUGAGCAUAAAUGGAAAAGUGCAGAAAGUCCCCUUGGAGGCCAUCUUCAUGCUGCAAGCAUCCAGUAUCAAGAAUUCCGAUGGGACAUCAGCAGUCAUAGCACUGCUGGAAAUCUGCGAUUUGAAGAAAGAGCUUGUUCUAAUUAUGGAGAGGCCCGUCCACUCGGUGGCAUUGUCCACAUACUUGAUGCUGCGGACGCUCGGUCUCCUUGAGGAGGAUGAGGCAAAGUGUAUCAUGAAGCAGCUGGUGGACGCCGCCAUCAAAAUGCACGCUGCCAACAUCUUCCAUCGAGAUCUAAAGCAGGAAAACAUUCUACUGGAGGCCUCACCCGGCGUCACUCGAGUGCGGGUGAUAGAUUUUGGCUGUAGCUGCUUAGUUAGCAUGGAACCGUACCAUGACUAUUUUGGAACCUUGAAUUACGCUCCUCCAGAGUAUACCCGCAAGCGUCCGUAUUGCGCUGGUCCGACCACAGUGUGGCACCUGGGUGCGCUACUCUUUGAACUGCUGGACGGGAAGCAACGAUUUGACACCUGCAUGUUCCUUUCCGAAGGCCUUAAACUGAAUAGGGAUUUGUCUGAAGAUUGUGAAGAUUUUUUGUGGAUGUGCUUGACUUUAGACCCAACUCAACGGUGCACGCUCGAGCAGAUGCUGUGCCAUCCAUGGCUACUCUGAUAUCCUCCGACUUCACGAAUAUCUUUUUUUUCUUCUUUUUUUUAACAUUAACCUAACGGGUGAUUGAAUCUCUUGCAAUGUAAAUAAGUAGUUUGGGGGUAUGGAAUGGACAAAUAAAUAUUAGAAGCCUUUGUAAA